AUGAAUAUCAUAAAGAAGAACUAUGUGGAAUGUCCCAAAGGAUUGAUUUAUAAAGAAUACCAAGAUAAAAAAGAUGACUUCUGUUUUGGAGGAGUCAUUAAUUGGGGGAAAUCUGUGCACCCGCCCAUUUCCGGAUGUUUCUGCCCUCCAGGACUUUUUAGGGCAGGAAGCCACUCAAAUGUUUGUGUGAAACAAUGUCCUUAUUGUAAAGGACCGCUCGGAGAGCCUAAGUUUGCUGGAGAGGUGUGGGAAUCUAAUUGCCACAUCUGUACAUGUAAUAAUCAGACCUUCACAGAGCAGUGUGUUCGAAAGCCUGUUUUAGAAACACCAGUCUGUUCCCCAAAUGAAACCUUGGUGAACACCACUUGUUGUGGUGAUCAGAUUUGUGUUGAGAAGACUUGCAACUAUAAUGGAACCACAUACAGUUUGGGAGAUACAUGGAAGGACAUGAGUGACCCCUGCCUGUCCUUUGUCUGCACUGGGAAAGGAAUCAAGAGUGAAACAAGAGCAUGUCCUACAGAGGACUGUCCUGAGGUAUCAUUGCCUAAUGUCUCUAAAGAAUGA